AUGACUAUGUACGCAUUGCGUCCCUAUCGUUUCCUUUCGGCGCCUUCAGUCUCUUCAGCGGAUGCAUUACGAAAGUUGUUCCUUUCACGUGUGCUUUCCAUCAUGGCGCACUACAACUUCAAGAAGAUCACAGUUGUACCUUCGGCAAAGGUAGGGAUCGAACGACAAUUAUAGCUCUUUUUCGAGUUGAUAUGUAUCUAAAAAACCCGUUUUCUAUUCAAGGAUUUUGUCGAUAUCGUUCUCUCCAGAACCCAGCGGAAAACACCGACCGUAAUUCAUCGGUAAGUUGUUUAUCUUUAGCGUCAGCUGUUAUUUUUGGUUGGGAUAAAACGCAUCGAAUUCAGUGCGAUUUUGGCCUGGGUAAUUGCUGAAAUCUUGGUACACAAGCCUAUUAAAUUAUUUUUGUUUUCUGACUUGUUUGAUUAGCUUAUUUAAACCUGUGUGCCUUUCAUUCGUCGACUUGAGUUCGAGCUAGCGUAAGCUUAUUGUACAAUAAAAUUUUUCCUACUCAAUCAGUCUUACUCUUUCUCCAAAAUGUUCUUUUAUUUCUUGAAGCGGCUGAUAAGUAGCAUUUUUUCUUGAACUAGAGGUAACUUCCAGUUCAAUUUGUAUCAUCAAUCAGACAUACAGUCUUUAAUGAUACUUGUAAAUUGCUAUAAAGUUUUAGCUGCAUUGCAUUUCCUACUGUAGUGUCUCUGUUACCUCGCAGAAAAGACGUAUUGAAUCUGCAAUUUAGAGAAAAUUUUUAUUUUUGUCCGUACAAGUACUGGAAUCACUUUUUUUCAUAGGUUCCAGUGGUGAAGAAUUCCAAGUUGACAAUUUAAUAUAGUUUUCUUGAUGUAUACCAUAGCUGUGAAAAAGAACUGUUCUCUGAGGCAGUUAAAGCUCGCAUGUAGCUGAUUUUUUCGACAAAACGAGUUUAAAUCAACCAGAGUUGACCUUCACAUUGCUCAUUCCAUUGCAAUUGGGCAAUCACGCUCAUUACUGAUAUUUUCUUGUUUUUAUCAUUCACUGUAUAUUUGAUUAGAAUCAACUUCUUGUUUUUCUGCUAGACACUACAAAAUCAGCCGGAUUCGUGGUUUUUACAUGAGAAAAAUCAAGUACACCCAACAGAAUUAUCAUGACAAAUUGACACAAAUCAUCACAGAUUUUCCAAGACUAGAGGUAAUUGUGUAAAUUUUGGAUAAUUAAUUUUAACUGUAGUCAGUUAUUCAGGUGAUCCUGAGGCAAUCAGUGACUUCAAUUUUAACCAAUUAUGACUCUGUCUGACUUACACCUGUAUGAACAAUAAAUUAAAUGAAAGUUGUGUUUUUCAGGAUAUCCAUCCUUUCUAUGCUGAUUUGAUGAAUGUACUCUAUGACAAAGAUCAUUACAAGCUGGCUCUAGGACAAAUCAACACUGCCAGACACUUGAUUGACAAGUAAGCACAUUUGAAGAUACAGUAAUGUUGAAGCGGGGAGCCUUUGUUUUGGGACUCUUCUCUUGAUGGCUACUUCUCCAUUCUGUGUACACAACUUUUGGUCUUUAAUAAUAAGAUGAGCACAAACAUGAGCAUAGUAUCCUCACUUAAGAACAUUUCCAAAAUUCGGACUUUGGUAGUAAUCAGUUUCCAAUGAUCUAAGAGAUUGAAUUCCAAUAUAAAACUUAAAUUCAAGUUUGUUUUGAUCAAUCUAAUUUUGCUCAUGUUUCUUUUCUGUCAAUUUUACUUUACAGUGUUGCUAAGGAUUAUGUGAGGCUUAUGAAGUACGGAGAUUCACUGUACAGAUGUAAACAGUUAAAACGAGCAGCUUUGGGAAGGUGGGUACCCUGUGCAAGACUUAAAUGUGAUAUUUUCUUUAAUAAUUAGUCUGUAUUUUGUACCAGAUCUGCACUCUACUGUUCAGACUGACUAACCUUAUUGUAAAAUGGUAUAAUGCAUGUACAGUGUACAUGUUAAACAAUAAAACAGCAGAGAUCAAUACAUUAUUUCACAGCAAUCAUUUAUUGCACACAUCAAUGUUGGUCUCUGAGCAACCAUUCAGGUAUCCCUCCUCUAUCCCAAAAACACUCUACUGAUACCAAGUUAGGGUUAAGUUUGGAUUAAGGGAGGGGUAGGUGUUCUCUGUUGAGAUACUGACAUUGACCCUAUCACACUAAUACACAUACAUGUAUCUCUUUGUAAUAUUAAGUAUACCGAAGGUUUUAAUUGUCAUAAAUAUGCUUUACAGCCUUGAAGUGUACCAUUUAAAAGUACAUGUAAGAAGUGCUGUUUAACCUCAACAAUGUUGGCAGUUAAUAAUUUUCAUGUUGAUUUUUUUUCUAAGGAUGUGUACAAUUAUGAAGAGGCAAAAUCAGAGCUUACAAUACCUGGAACAAGGUUAGAUUGUUUUUACUGACCUAUCAACAGCUAGUUUGCUGGAUUUCAAAAUAUUCUUGGAGGAUAGCAAAAUAUUUUUAUUGAUUUGUUUAACUUAUGUGAAAGACGUUUACUGAUAAGAAUCGAUUCUGCAGACUUGUAUACAUCUGUGAUGUUUCUGCAUCAAUGGCAUAUGUUACAUGUUUUAUUACACCCAUUUUGAAAUCACUGGUUGUCCCUCUAAUUGCUGCAAUUUAUUCACGAAUUGCACCAUUUUUUGCCUUAAAUCACAUCUUUUUCCCAGCCAAUGAGGAGGCUACACUAAAAACAAACAGCCAAUUAGAUUUCAAGGCUUGUUUUAAGUAAUCAAUGAAAUUGCAGGAAAAUGAAAGACAAAGAGUAUCAUGUGGCAAAUUUUGCAAAUUUUGUUUCCAAAACUCUUAUUUUUUACCCCAAAAAAAUGGAAGAUUUAAUUUCAAACCAGCUCAGUACUACAUUAAUAACAUAUUUGAACUGACGAAAUCCUGUAUGUGGGCAAUUUCAAAAUGGAUGUAAUAAAGUGGUAAUUGAACUUCUUUUUGUGCAAUUUUGGUCUGAAAUCAUACUUGUGAUUUCAAAUCAAACUUGCACAGUGUACUUGUUUGAUUUUGAAAUCAUGCGUAUGAUUUCAGCCCAAAUUGCACUCCACUCAGUUCAAUUACCAUUAUUAAUGCUGACUAAAUCUUGAUAGAAAUGAUGAUAUAACUUAAUUAUUACAUGCAUUUUAUCUACCAUACUGAAAAAUUGCAACUUACAUAAAUAAUACUUGUAAACAGAGGUAAAAAAGGUGACAUAUCUGUCAUCCAUUGUUUACAAUGAUCACACUUAAAUGACUGUUUAUUAACUAUCCUUUUAUUACUAUUUAUUAUCAUUUUAUUUCUGCUUACGUGCAGUUCGACAGCAUGUAGCAAGACUUCCAUCAAUAGACCCAAACACAAGAACUCUACUAGUCUGUGGGUAAGUCAUAACUCUACUGAUAGGUACCUGUGUUUAAAUUUCUAUGCUAGAACUUUAUUAGAAUACAUGUACAGUGUACAAAGAAACCUCUAAAUACAUAAGCUUUAGCAUUGAACUUCACAGGCAAAUGUUUCUCCAAAUCUCUUCUUAUGCGAUAGAUACAUGUACUAAUAAGGAAACUAAAAAAAAUUCAAACAAGAUAUUUGUGAAAUUUUAAGUGUUGUGUCAUACUUUUUCAGCUUUCCAAAUGUGGGUAAAUCAAGCUUCAUGAAUAAGGUAAGAUACAUGAUUGUGUAAAUGAAACACAAAUUCAUAUUCAUACAAUCAUAUUUGUGUAAUUACAUGGAUGUACUCUGUAGUUACUAUUAGUUUAUUUGAAGUAACCUUUACAAGAUAUGGAAAAUCUCUAUAUAGCAAAAUUUGGGAGACCAUUUUUUCAUGAGGAAGUUAAGGGGAUUUUAAGCAAUAAUUUCCAAGCCUUAGGAGAACAUUAUUUUGUAUAUGAUAAUCGAUGAGAAGAGCUACUUGUACUAAGCCAUUUUUUGUGCGUUUUGAAAUAAAUCUCAAAUCAGCCACAUUUAAUAGAUACAUGAAAUGUACCUGUAAAUGUGAACACAUUUGAAUGAAUAUACAUGUACAUAUCAAUAUUGACACACUUUGUUCAAUUUAUCCUCCAUCAUUAAAAAGUAUUGUCUACAGGGAAAAGGAACAAAUUCUCAUCAAAUGUUUAGAUGAUAGUUUCAGUGGGAAUAUUUUUGUUUACAUUUUUAUUGGUUGGUUGAUGAUACCAUGAUCAAAGAAGAUUGUUAACACUUGUACGCCUAAAGUUCACAUGUUCUAAAAUAAAGUUUUGUAGAUGUAAAUGUAAAUGUGGCACAUGCUUUAUUUGAUAUUAACGACACUAAGUGAGGGCUCGGCUAAAGCUGGAGUCUUGUAUGAUAGGAAAAUAUUUUCAUUUGUAUUUGUUUGUGUUUUAAGAAGAGCUGUGUGUUGAGCUCUUUGUCCUUCACUAUUGUUUUGUGUGCAAUAUUUAGAUCGUUUCUCAAAACUGUGAAUCAAGAUCUUCAAAAAGGUCUUUAAGCAUAUCAAUCCUUAGUACUUGAUACUCGAUACUCGAGCCUUGAUUCUCGAUAGUUUCAAGUAUUGAGGAUCAAGUUUCCAUUAAGUCCUUCAAAUUGUUUUUGAAUGGUACUGUAGGUGACUCGUGCAGAUGUGGAAGUCCAACCUUAUGCUUUUACAACCAAGUCUUUGUUUGUUGGUCACAUGGAUUACAAGUACCUCAGGUGGCAGGUGAGGACUACUUAUACAUAUACAUUACUGUCAAGUGACUUUAACACUGUAGCAGUGGAAUGAAUAAUGUUAACAUUUUAUAGCUAUGAAGUUACUCAAUUCUGAGUUCCUUCUUAUGAACAAACUAUUUAGCCUUUCAUUUGAAGGAGCUAUAAAGCUCUGUGUGAAUUGUGAAAAAAUUCAACUAAAUUGUUUAACCCUUAAACUCCCAGAAGUGAUCAACAUUUAAUAUCUCCCUGUGUUAUUCAUACAUUAUCCAGCAAACACAUAAUGAGAGUACUCAAACUUACCAGGAACAUCUACAUAUAGAUUCAAAACCAAAUUCUAAAUUCUCCCUACCAAUUUGCAAGGAAAUGUGGAGCAUCUAGAUGGGAGAAUGAACAAUCAGAUCUUGGGAGUUAAAGAGUUACAUUUGUCAAUUGCAACCUGUCUUAAUUAACCUUCCCCGACCUUAGUCAUCCCUGUUUAUCUUUGCUUGUUUUUUUUUUUCCUUUCUUCUCGGAAGUUAGUUUGCUGAAAGGAUAUCAUUGUCUUAUUUAUAGUGCAAAUACAUGGAAUGUUGUGUCCCUUUUUUUUUUAAUGCAAUCAUUUAUUUACAUUAUAAUUCAGAUACUCUAGCUGCAUUUUAUGUCAAAAAUGAUUGUGAUGAUAUACAAUACAACAGCUAUAUUGAUAAUUGAAAUUUGUGCAGGCAAUCUCUUAAUGUUUCAGCAAAUAAAAAUUUCUUUUGAAAUUAGGUUGUUGAUACACCAGGAAUCCUUGACCACUCCUUAGAGGAGCGUAACACAAUAGAGAUGCAGGUGAGGGGCAUCUUUUUCUCUGCUUUUUGAUAAUUACACACAUUGAAGAUAAGCCAUGCAGGGUAAGAAAUGAUACAAGAAAAAUAAUAAUAGAUAAGAAAAGAAAAAUUGAGCAUUUAAAAACUUUUCAAACAAAUAUCUCAACACUCUCUUUCAAACACUCUUUCAGCAUUUUUGCAUAAUUACCAUGAGUGACCAAAACAGAAUUUCUCCUUACAAUAUCAAUACAAUAUCAAGCAGAUAAGAGAUGAGAAUAAAGAAAAACAUCAGUUAGGAGAUUAUAAGUUGAUCCAAUACCAAAUUCUGCAAACUAACAUCACAAGAACUGUAUGGCAGACAGUAAGGAGAAUUACUAAUGAGAUCUUGGGAGUUAAAGGGUUAAGAUUAAGAUCGCUGAAGAUAGCACUCAGCCACAGUAUGUAGGUCUUCCAUUUCACCACUUGUUAGAUGUGAACAGAUGAAUGAAAAGAAAGUAAAUGGGUCAAAAUUACUUUUACUGGACAUGAAUUCAAAACUUUUUUAUUCUUUUUAUUCAAUUAACUUUUUUGUCUUUCACCAGGCCAUCACAGCCCUUGCUCAUCUGCGUGCUGUCAUUCUUUACAUUAUGGAUGUUUCUGAGCAGUGUGGGCACACGCUUGAGGAACAGAUUGAACUGUUUAAUGGUAUUAAACCUCUCUUUGCUAACAAACCACUGAUAGUGGUGCUGAACAAGGUGGACGUAAUCAGACCAGAGGAACUGACUGAAGAGAAGAGAGAACUGCUCAAUGUUUUCAAUCAGGACGGUAAGCUUAUGUGGCCAUGUAGACACACAUGUACAGCUUCAUGCAUGUGAUCACCCUUCAUUAUUAAGGUUUGUCAAGGUUGUCUCUCCCAAUGAAAACUUGUCUGUUACUUAUAAUACUUUGAAAUCCAUCGCACAUCUGUGUCAGAAAUGGGACUUAAGAAUCUGCCAAGAAUCUGCCAAAAUUUCAUGUUUUAUUUAUAAAGUCAACUUGGUCUCCCUCUCUCUUCCACCAUUUUCAUCUCAUGCGCUGGUCUUUCUCAUUUUUAAAUAUAUGAUAUGAUCCUAUUGUUCAAUCAUCUGUCACUUAUCGCAAAAAAUCAACUGGAAAUCAAUUAAUGCUGAAUAAUCUCUCACAUAGAAGUCGGAUUUUCUCAUGAUUUUCUCAGCAUGACUGUUUGAUGUGCCCUGGGGGUGGGAAAUUAAAACCUUGCCUGAGUAGGGUAAGGAAUCUGAACUGGUACACGUGUUCUAAUUUUAACUAUGAAGAAGUUUAUAGAUAAAGAGUCCACUUUAGUGUACAAGGAAACAACUAUACAUAUGCACCAAUAAACUAAUACAUAGUGCUGCCAAAUUCUACAACAUUAGUUGAUCACACAAAGAAUUAUUCAAUGAAAAAAUUGUACCUGAGUGGGUCAUUUGAAUGCAAGUUUUGUCCCGGGAAACCAAUCUUCAAAAGUUUAAAUGCCGUGGGGUUGCAUUGGAGGGGGUGAAUGUUGAAGCUUCAGUUUGAUCAAUGUGAUAUCUAGUGUGAAAAAGAGAAGUGUACAGUGGCAAGAAUGAUCAUCUCCUUCUGCUGUAGCCUGGUUUGAUUCCUUUCCUGGGACAUUAUUUGAGUUGAGUUUGAGUUUAUUGUGGGUUUUAUUAUUUGUUUUAUUUUAUUAUUAUUUUAUAUGUUAUGUAUUUGUUUUAUUAGGAGUGACACUUCUUUCCAUGAGCACCGUUAGCGAGGAAGGAAUAAUGACAGUCAAAACUGAGGCAUGUGAUCAGCUCUUGGCCCAGAGGGUUGAGGUUAAAAUGAAAAGUAAAAAAGCUAAGGAUGUCAUGAACAGACUUCAUGUUGCCAUGCCAACUCAGCGAGAUCAGAAAGAAAGACCUCCUUGUAUACCACAGGUAAAUUAAUUUUAAAUUGUGCUCCAGCAGUUCAUUUACAUGUUUGUAUUGUGUAUAGUCAUGAUGCAAAAUUGUAAAUGCAUAUUAAAAAACAAAGAGCUUAGUGAUUCGGGAUUUGUUUUACGAUUGACCAGUUAAGGUGUCUGUUAUUCCGAAGGAGUUUGAAUGAAAUUAAACAAGAGCUGUACUUUUGCAAUUUUUGUCUCUAAGACUGAAGCUAGUGGUUUUCUUAUGCAGUAUGAAUAUUUUAAUUGACCGUAUAUCCCAUCUUCCCAAUCGAAAACCUACAUUUAGUUGUGAUUGGUGCAUUUCGAUUAUCUCAGGAAACAUAAAUGCGCCAAUUACAGCUGCUAAAAUCACUCAGCAAUUGCAGUAGAGCAUAACGCUGCAUGAGUCGAAGCAAGAUAACUGUAAGUCGACUUCAUCGCCGGCAGAAUAUCAGCAGUAUUCACUUGUAAUUUCUUGAUCCGUACCUGAAGUAACUCCUUUCGUGCGACUAGCCAUACUCGAUGCAUAAACGUUGUAUUUUACAACGAGGUGUAACCCAACUUUUUGUAACUGUUUGGUUAACUGUACCCUUAGGCUGUUCUUGAAAAGAGACAAGCCAUGUCAGUGGAAGGAGCGGAACCUAAGAGAAAACUUGCAAAGGAUCUUGAGAACGAACUGGGAGAAUAUUAUUAUAUGGACUUGCGGCAACACUGGGACUUGAAGAACGACGAGGAAAAACAUGACAUUAUACCCGAGAUCUACCUAGGAAAGAAUGUAGCUGACUUUAUCGACCCAGACAUUAUGAAGGUGAAUUUUAAGUGGUAUUUUUUGGAUGAUAUGUUAGUGAGGAAACCAGGUCUAAUUCUUAACAAAAGUGCAGGUACAAGUUUAUUUGUUAGAGUAUUCUUUUUACGGUGGCACGAGUAUCGCGUGCGGAGGAUGUCGACACGCUGGACUCGCGAGAAACGAGUGUCACAUUUUGACACCCUCGAUUCCCAAUACUCUAUAUUAAGUGUCGACUCGAUGUGGAAGGCUUUAAGUCUGAAAUAAAUAAUGAGAAAACGGUUAACGCCUUGAUUAAGGACUGCUCUCGAAACUUCAGAAUGAAUGUUGGUGGAAGCAGUGGUAAACCUAAAUUUCUCCAUACCGAGGUACCUGGUUAAAGUAUAGACCUAAAAAAAAAGGCAAAGGUCGCGGUCAGUUAUUAGAGUGAUACUCCUUCAUUUGAGCAUGCACUCCAAAAAUUUUUUUUUUUACUUUUUACCUCACGUACAUGCUAAUUUGCGUCGUUUGUUGCAGAAACUAGAAGAGUUGGAGAAAGAGGAAGAGCUGCGUGAAGCUGCAGGACUUUACGACUCAGAGCCUGUGAGUGACGGACAGAUUAUAAUUAUAGAUAUUCACUCAGUGGAUAUUCACUCAGUGGUAUUUAGUGAAACACUUCUCUACUGUGAUAACGGUCAGUCUUUAACUCCUAAAUAAGAAUUCUCUAAUCGAAGAAACCAUAACAACCGAAGACAAAUCUCUACAGAGGUAUUGUGCUGUUGCCUUUUUCCCUCUUUUCCUAUUUUUUAUGUAGUAUCAUUAUUUUUUAUUUUUAUUUUUGCAGGAAGAACUAACCCCUGAACAAGAAGAAAUCAGGAAAACAGCACAGCAGUGAGUUCUUAGAUUGUUCUUCAUGCAUUUUAUAUGUUUUCGGAAUUGUUUUACUUCAAAUAAGCCUUGUAUCGACGCGAAUUCGUAACUCCGUUUUUAUGAGUGGAUGUAAAAGUUUUGCUAUCUCGUAUAUCUAGAAGUACAUGUAAUACACUGAGCGAGAUUAGGUGACAGAUUCAGAUCGAUUUAAAUACGUUGUGGGAGGUGGAACAACUACAAUUGGUAUUGAUCACAGAUUUUAAUUUAUACACGUAGUUUCAAGCAAUGGAUUUGAAUAGAGUUGAACUAUGAAAAAGCUUAGAACUGAAAGAUGUUUUUCCAAGAAAACGAAACUUAAGGUGUGAAAAGAAUACAAAAAAGAAACUUAAUUACUAAACUUUAGCGAGGCGAUUUAUCUGAAAGGAAAAACUGUGGAGGAAGUUAUCAGAUGACAAAAUAUUACCUCGCGUUAUUUGAAGUAAUUAAUUAUGAGGGUAAAAUUCUCAAGAAAUGUAUGGGGUAAAUGUAAUCUUAUACUUGGAAAUAAUGUCAGUUUAAGUUAGCAUGUGACUCGAGUUUCUGUGGAUUCGAAUUCAACCCUGUCUAGUUUUAAAAAUACUUUUUUUCUGAUUAUUUUCUUAAUAUAUUUUUUCGUAGAAUUCGAGAGAAAAAGAAGCUGAUCGUCCAAGCACAUCGUGAGAUGAAACCGAGAAACAACAGGGCGAAGUUGCCACGUUCUACAUUUUUGAAGGUCGGUUUUUUUCACGUUCAGUUUUUCAGGCCUUUUAUUGCACUUUAAUUUGUGGAUUAUCUCUUCUAUUUGAUGCGUUCUCUCUGAAGAAAACCUUAACACGGCAGGAUUUUUGCUAACGACUAGUGCAUUCUAAUUUUGUUGUUUGCGCUCAUUUUCCUCAUCAUUUUUAACUUUCAGAGUAAACCUUAUGGACUGUUGUUAAUAUAUGUGAUAAAGCUCUUAAUAAUUAUAUUUUUCAAAUGCUUCGACGUCGAUAGAUCUUGCUAACAAAGGUCGAUGGGAAAUUUUUUCCGGCCUAUCAGAUAGUGGAAAAAUCCUCCUUUAAUUUUAAAUACUUUGAUUAUAACUACAAAAUUUUGAAUGACACACUUAAAAUUCUCCGACGAUUUUGUCGUUGCCGAGGACCGUCACAAGAUUUUGGACGGCACUAGGUAGUUAGAGAGUUUUAGUUGUCUUGCAACCUGAUUGACUACCAACCAACAAAGGGAACUUCCUGUCAAGCUGGUCCUCUCUUACUUUCACUUAGAUUGCAUUCGUAGCGUUAUGUUAGAUUUUCUUUGUAGUUUUAUCAUAUAGAUACAUGUGUCCUACUGUCUGAUAUCUGUUUUGUUUCCUCUACGUUAAGGCUCAAGCCGCUCGCAGCAGAAAAAACAUCACAGAAGAGGUUGGUGGAGAUGUAGAGAUGGAAGGCAUUGAGGAGGUGGGCUACAGAGUUGUUGUUAUUGUUGUUGUUGUUGAUGUUUAUUACUUGAUUCCUUGUUUUUGUUUUGUUUUGCCUAUAUAUGUGUGUUUUGCUCUGCAGUAUCAGUGAGAACAGGUAGAAUGCAUUGUCGACGUCUUUCAUUCCAGAAAAUGUCAGUUCACUUUUAAGUAUUUCGUUUGUUUAUUGUUAUUUUUGGUCGCAUCUCUUAAUUGAUAGAAUAGUCUAUAGAUACAGUAGUUUGAUUGAUUCGUUGGUUGUUUCCAGGGAGACGUAGCCGAAAAAAGAUCUCGUUCUCAGACCCCGAUGAGCCGUAAAAGGAAGAGAGCAGCCAGCAACGGCGCGCGCAGCUUAUCACGUCCACCACGUGACCAAUCAGGCAUUAGUUCUCCCGAGGUGAGAAGUUGUGCGAAAGGGGAGGCUGAAACUGUUUUAACAAUCUUUUUCUGGUUCCACUUGCGCUCUAGUUUCUGUACUUCUUGGUUGAAGGAAAUAUUCAUGUGAUGAAAAUAACGAAAUUAUUGAACUCUCCAGACUUUUCAUUGUCCCUUUCAAUUAGUUUUCCCUCGCAUAAGUGAACUAUAAAUUCGAUUGAUAAAUUAUUACUGAUGAUGACGGUAAUGAAAGCUGUUAACUUAUCUUCGAUUGAACAAAAAACAUGUAAUUUAUAAGUACUCACCAUGUAAAUUACGUUAAAUCUUCUAAAAAAUAUUUUGACAACUAAGAUGAAUCAAAUGAAAUUAAUUUCAUUAAAAAAACAUACAGCAAAAACAUUCAGCAUUAAAUCUUUUUGGAACCAAAGGUGAGUAAAAAAGAAGGCUACUUUUUUGCGCAAAAGGUAGCGUAUUUCAAACGUUUAGUUGCGUUUCGAUUUAAACCUUAAACCGGAGGCAUUUUUGACCUUACGCUCGCCAAAAAACAUGCAUUGGCGGCACGCUGGUCAAACGAAACGAGCUGAUGAAUGAAGGGUAAAUGUGAAAGGACGCCUUAUGAUAAUUGAACACUUUAUCUCGUCUCCAACGGAAGUAGGUUGUGGUUCUUUAAAGUGUACUGUGUAAGAAUCUUCUCGUGUUAAUUCUUGCCUUUUUUUUGUUUUAAAAAAGAAAAAGAAGAAAGCAAAGAAACUGUCAAAGGUUGUUCAAAGAGGCAUCAACCGUAUGGGCAAAGCAGGUAGGAUUUUCGUGGAAGAAAAAAAUGCCUUUUUUUCAUGAUAACUGUCGGUUUUAUUUAGGGAAACCCUGUGGUCACCAGGAAAGUGUAAAUGAUUCAUUUAGAGUGGCUACUGUGUGCAGCCAUAUGCCUCCUUAUUCGUCGCCUCUUCCUUUUUCUUCAAGGGCUGUUUCCCACUCUUCCCGUCCUUCUUAGUUCUUCGUCCAUUGUUUCGCCCUCCUUCUCUGUAUCCAUUUGCUCGUCGUCGUCUUCAUUUUUUUUUCCUUCCCUCUAGGCCGCUCUUCCUCUUCCUUCCCGUUUUCGCAUUCCCCAUCUCCUUCUCUUACUCUAGCGGUUCGUUACGAUGAUGUCCGUAUCCAGACUCUCUUUCAAUCAAAUGUUUGAUAGAUUCUGUCUCAGAAAACUUAAAAACGAAGUUAAACCUUGUUCAAUAUUUGACACUGUUACAGAUUAUCAUGCGUUGUUUUUGUUCCACAGGUGAAGCUGACAGAAAGAUCGCUACCAAAAUGCCUAAACAUAUGUUUGCCGGCAAACGUAAGAUGAACAAAGUCCAGAGAAGAUAGCCUUGGAUUGGUCGUAUCUCAAUAUAUUUGUAUUAACACCAUAUUCUUGGGAUCCAAUUUAUUUGGAAAUAAAUUCCUUGCGCAGAAAAACUUGUCAUCGUUGUUUUCGUUUCGCUCUCUCAACUUUGCGUCGAACAUUUUAUGUAAAGGUCGGCCAACUUUUCACCGGAAUUAAAAGGGAAAAAAACUCGGGGAAUUCUUGAGUGCUUUAAACGAU